AAUCAUUACUUAGUUCAUCGUAUUCUUUAAUCUGAUAAUUCGUCUGCGGUAAAUCGACAAGGAAACAUUUUUACUUUCUACUUAACUCUUGUGUCGUUUUGUGAAGUACCAUAAAUAGCGGUUUCAGUCAACUUUGACUUAUCGUUCUCAUGCUAGUAUACUUUGCUGUUCAAUAUACGUCGUGUAACUGUUAGUUUUAGCUUUUGAAGUUACACGUUUCAACAUUUCUAUAAUCGUUUAUACAUUAGUACAUGCGGUAGAUACCAUUUAGAAGAUGUUAGUAAUUUGUAGUACGGAAAUUGAGAAGGAAAAUCACAUGAUACAUUUAAUAUGGAAUUUUAUAAAUAGCUCGUGAAAGGUGUAAGCGAACUGUAAGUCGGUCAUUUCUGGGAAGUCUAAUAGAAAAAGUCACGCCCUCUUUCACUUUUAAAUUACAAAUUGCCUAUAAAUUUGCUUAAUUCUGAAAUGAUCUUCAUUGCGUGAAUAUUUUGGGUAACUGAACAACCAACAACAGACAACCAACGUAGUCAUUAUUUGUCAUCUCGACUUGGUGGAAUGACAGAAUUACAAGUUUAAGCGGAUAUCCUGCUGUGUUCCUGAAAGUCUGCAACUAUCUCACGAUAUCCGUACAAGUCGCCCUGAUUUAGGUGGCAUUGGUACACUAUAUACUAUAUACUCUUACUACGGAAAUUUUGUUUGAAUCCAUUUGUAUUUAACCCUUGGGAGAAUUGUUCAGCGUCAUUGCUAGUUUGUCACUAUGGUCAAAUUACGGAUAAUCAUCGUUACAGUACUGAUAGCCGUGGAAACAAAGGUUCUCGUCUCGUUGCAGUCAAGCAAAAUAAUUUCAAGUGUCCUGUCUACAUCUUCUUCAACAUCACAUGCAAAAGGCCAAACUUUGAUUACAUAUAACCCAACUGAAACGACAUUACGUAGGUCAACAGUGACAGAGUACCCACAUGUUAGAAACAUUAAAUCUUCUGCUGGAACUUCUGGAAAUUCAUCGAAAAGAACCCAAAUUUUAAUAAUGUAUAUUUCAGUCUCGGUUGCUGCUUUCUCUCUCUUGUCUGUUUUAUUUAUUGUCCUUUGGUUUUGCCGUACAGAAAGAAAACGAAAAAAAACGCCAAGCACGACUUCAAGUACAACAACUAAUGGCGAGGUUCCUCUGUUACCAGCUGCACCCCUUCUUCGUAAGGAUAUUUGGAAGAUAUCGAGAGAUCGUUUGAAACUUGGUAAAAAGCUUGGAGAAGGUGCAUUUGGCUUUGUGUUCAAAGCAACUAUUACAAAUGACGAGAAUUCAUGUGAAACGAAGAUGGUUGCUGUUAAAAUGGUGAAAGAAAAUGCAUCAUCCAGCGAUAAAGAUGAUCUUUUAGCUGAACUAGAGAUUAUGAAGCAACUAAAACCUCACCCAAACGUGGUUAGUUUGAUUGGCGCAGUUCUGUAUGAAGUGGAUUGUCCUUUGGUUAUUGUUGAAUUCGUCCCAUAUGGUGAUUUACUGGGAUACUUGAGAAAAUUAAGAGGUGUUCAAGAUUCAUGUUAUUUUGAUCCUGAUCAUCUUCCAGCGGCAGAAUUAAGUACUCAGGAAUUGAUGAAAUUUGCGAUGGAGUCUGCACUAGGAAUGGAGUACUUAUCAAAAAAAAAGAUUGUCCAUCGUGAUCUUGCUGCUCGUAACGUUUUGGUUGGUUCUGGUCGGACAUGUAAAAUAACGGAUUUUGGCAUGGCGAGGGAUAUCAGACGAAAUGAAAUAUACAUGAGAACAACACGGGGUCUUAUUCCAAUCAAAUGGACUGCUAUUGAAUCAGUUCUUCGUGGUAUUUACACGACAAAAAGUGAUGUAUGGAGCUUCGGAGUUCUGCUGUUUGAAAUAUUUACAGUAGGUGGAUAUCCCUACCCUGGAAUGGAUGGUUAUCAAGUGAGAGAUUUUAUAUCUCAAGGACGCAGAAUACCAAAACCAAUGCACGUUGAUAACGAACUUUAUCAAGUCAUGUUGGAUUGCUGGCAAUCGAAUCCCCGAAAACGGCCAACAUUCGAACAGUUGGUGUGUACAUUGAAAAGACUUGAACCUUGUCACGAAGAAUAUCUGAAUCUGUCUGAAUAUAAUUGUUGUGAUUAUGAGAAUUUGUUGAACAGAAGAGCGGAUAUUAUUCAUUAAACAGCAGGCAGAUUUCUGUUUGAAUAUACUCUGUAAAAAAGGAUAAAUGAAAUGGCACGACAGCCGACAGGUUUUAAAAUUGUAGAAUUAACGGAAAGAAAAUGUAUAAUGUAUAUAUAA